GAUUCCACACACGUGUUGGGUGGAUUAUUUUGCGACACCAAUUAUCUGUCUAGACCACUACCAUCACGGAUGUCAUUCGGUCCUGUCAGUAUUUGGCGAUCUGUCCUCAUAAAAUAGGGCGCAGAAUAUAUCAGAAGUUGUCCUCGGGAGAACCGGAAAAGUUAUGCAGGGGGAAUUGGACAACAUUGAGACGAAACUUCAAACAGACAUUUAUCUUCACCUAAUUGCUUUUACGUUUCUUUGCUACGACCAUGUCCUCACAUUCGAGACCGAAGUUACAUUAAUUUGGAAACGACCCAACACAUUGAGCAGCUAUUUGUUCUUCCUCAAUAGAUACUUUUCGUUGAUAGGAAAUAUUGUCAUAAUCCUUUCCAUCUUCUUCUCGACGAGUUGCGCCGUUUGGAAUAUAGUUCAGGAGCUCUUUCACGCUCUUGUGGGUCUGAUGAUAGCUACGUUCCUCACACUGCGAAUAUAUGCACUUUACGGAUGCAACAGACGACUCUUGAUUUUGCUAUCUAGCCUCAUACUCAUAGGCAUUGCCUUAGCCAUAGUGACGGAUUUGUUAGCCUCCUCAACCCCAAUUCCUACGUCAACACCGUUGGACGGCUGUCACGAUAUACUGGCUUUGAAAGAUGCUGCUCUGGUCGCUGUUGGCUGGGAGGCUCUCCUUCUGUAUGAUCUAUUGCUAUUUGGAAUGACGCUCGCGAAGGCGUACCAGGCCCGGUAUCAACUGGGUCCUCGACAUAUUCGAGGGAUGUCUCUAAUCUCUGUAAUCAUAAGGGAUGGAACGAUUUACUUUGCUAUAAUGUCACUGGUUAAUUUCGUCAAUGUAUUCACGUUCUAUGUGACUGGGAACUAUUUACUCAGAGCGGCCUUCUCCCCAAUCACGAGCUGCCUGUCCGUCACGAUAAUGUCCAGACUGAUGUUACACCUUCACAAAAUCGGGACUCAAGGAAUCUACGCCGACCACGCGAAGACGAUUGGACCGAUUAGUAGGGAUCAAGAAGAAUAUGGCAUGACUUUUACGACUCUUUGGUCUAAUUCGGACCCCAGUGCGACUGAUUCGUCUGGGGUGGGUGACCUCUCUGCUUUUGAACAGGGAAGUUCAUCGGGUUUACAGAUCCGAAGCUGACCACACAACUAUAUAUAUACCCGCCUCGAUGAACAUCACAUUCUCUAACUCUGGAUGUACUCUACUAAUACAAUACUAUUGAUUUAG